GGGUUCAGUGUCAAUCACUGGGGCUCACAGAGCCAGACUAAGGCUCCCACAGGGUUCAGUGUCAAUCACUGGGGCUCACAGAGCCAGACUACAUAAUGUUGUGAACCCGGCGACCCAAGUUCAAUUCCCAGCCACAGCUAACAUCAGUCUUGUCCUGGGCCUCCCUUACAGCCCUGCUAGAGGCUACCUGGGGGAGCUUUAUCCGUGUGUGCAUCAUAGGUGGUGCUGCACUUGCCCCUACAGCCCUGCUAGAGGCUACCUGGGGGAGCUUUGCGUCAUGCUGGGACUGGUCGCGAGCCGCCCUCUCUGGGGGGGCUCCCCCCCCCCAGAGCCCUGCGAGGGGGGCCCGGCCCCCCCUCCCGCCACGGAGGGGCCCCCCGUGACCUCCGGCUGCCUGCAGAUCUCCAGCGUCAUAGAGGCUGAGGCAGAGGUGAUGUGUUGCCGGUUCAGCGCCGAUGGCUCGCUGGUGGCAAUGGGCCUGGCUAACGGCACCAUCAAGAUCCACGAGCUGCGUGGAUGGACGUGCGUCCACGUGCUGAGAGACGCGGACACGCUGAGACACGGAGACACGCGGGGACACGCCGAGACACGGGGACACGAGCUGAGACACGGAGACACGCAGGGACACGCUGAGACACCGAGACACGCUGAGACACCGAGACACGCUGAGACACCGAGACACGCUGAGACACCGAGACACGCGCUGAGACACGGCGUGCCCGUCACCUCGCUCGUCUUUCUGCCGCAGUCGGAUACCGAGAGAGACAUCCGCCUCGUAGCCACGUACGCGAGUGGGCGCGUGUCCCUGUGGGCCGUGUCCCUGCGCUGGGCCUGCCCGCUGGCGCGUGAGGCCACCCACACACUGUGCGCCGCCGCCUCCCCGUCCGGCGCGUGGGUCGCCACCGGCGGCAGUGACGGGGCGCUGCGCAUCUACGACGUGAAGACGCGCUCGCUCGCACUCACCUGCUCGCCCAGCGCUUCGUCCCACGUCAUGGACGGCCACAGCUCACGAAUCUUCGCGGUGCAGUGGCACCCAGAGUCUGAGAACUUCCUCCUGUCCGGCGGGUGGGACAACACCGUGCAGUUCUGGGACCGCAGAAUGCCGCACUCAGUCAGGAGCCUGUACGGGCCCCACGUGUGCGGCGAGUCGCUGCACUUCGAUUCGAGCGGCUCCCGGAUCCUGAGCGGCUCCUGGAGGAAGAGGCAGGCGCUGCAGGUUUGGGACUCCGGCUCCGGGUCUCUCAUCAGAGACAUCCCCCCUGAGGCUGACGGGGAGCGCAGUUCGGUGUACGCGUGCCGUUGGCUGGGUGACGGCCUGGCGGUGUCUGGAGGCUGUGACCCCAACGCCUGCCGCGUGGUGCACACGCAGAGCAGCCUCAUGACCACGGGGUCAGUGUCCGCCCUGCCAGGAGGCGUCUACUGCAUCGACGUGACCUCCUCCUCCUCCUCCACCACCUCCUCCUCGACUCACCUCAUCGCCGUCGCCUCCUCCACGAGCCUCUACCUCCUCACACACUCGCGGCAAGCUGCCUAAGCCGGCCAGAGUCGUGGCCGCCGCCGUUAGCCCCACAUCAUCAUCGCCAUCGUCACUUAACAUCAUCAUCACUUAACAUCAUCAUCAUCACCAUCACCACAAUCAUCACUUAACAUCAUCAUCAUCACCACUUAACAUCAUCACCACCAUCAUCAUCGCCACCAUCAUCACCACCAUCAUCACCGCCAUCACCAUCAUCACCACCACCAUCAUCAUCACCACCAUCAUCACUUAACAUCAACACCACCACCAUCAUCACCGCCAUCACCAUCAUCACCACCACCAUCAUCAUCACCACCAUCAUCACUUAACAUCAACACCACCACCAUCAUCAUCACUUAACAUCAUCACCACCAUCAUCAUUACCAUCAUCACUUAACAUCAUCAUCACCAUUACCAUCAUCACCAUCAUCACCAUCAUCAUCACUUAACAUCAUCACCAUCACCACCAUCAUCAUCACCACCAUCAUCAUCAUCGCCAUCACCACCACCAUCAUCAGUACCACCAUCAUCAUCACCAUCAUCAGUACCACCAUCAUCAUCACCAUCAUCACCACCAUUAUCACCACCACCAUCAUCAUCAUCAUCAUCGCCAUCAUCAGCAUCACCACGGUGGCUAAGAGAUUUUAACUACCUCGCCUGGACUACCGGAGGGUCUCUGUGGGUCUCUAUGAGUAUGGGUUUCUGUGGGUCUCUAUGGGUCUCUGUGGGUCUCUAUGAGUAUGGGUCUCUGUGGGUCUCUAUGAGUAUGGGUCUCUGUGGGUCUCUGUGGGUCUCUAUGAGUAUGGGUCUCUGUGGGUCUCUAUGAGUAUGGGUCUCUGUGGGUCUCUGAGUCUGUAAUGUCCACGUGAUGGUGAUAAUAAACACGAGUUUAGUUUUA